AUGACCCUAAAUCGCUGGGAACAAAUCAAAUCAUUCAUUCAUAUAAAUGAUAAUGACAAAUUUAUUCCACUUGGAAGUGAGGGCCAUGACCCACUUCAUAAAAUUAGACCCUUGAUAACUAUAACCAAUAAUAUACUAAAAUCUUUAUCGAUAGGGGAAAAUAUUUGCGUAGAUGAGCAAAUAAUUCCAUACAAAGGGAUGAGCAGAUUAAAGCAAUAUAACCCCCAAAAGCCCAAAAAAUGGGGCUAUAAAGUCUUUCUACUAUGCGGAGAUGAUGGCCUUCUCCAUAAUUUUGAAGUAUACUCUGGGAAAAUACUACCAGCGGAAGGAUUGCCUGAUGUUGGAGCAAGUGGCAAUGCUGUGCUACGUUUAAUUUCUUAUAUACCACAGCAAAUUAAUUAUAAAUUAUUUUUUGAUAACUGGUUUUGUUCACCAAAUUUGCAAGUCGUACUCGCUCAAAGAGGGAUAUUUUGCGCGGCCACGGUCAGAGGUAAUCGACUACCAAAUAUCAACUUCCCAACAGAUAAGGAGUUGAAAAAAAAAGGACGAGGAUUUUUUGUUUCAAAAAAAACAAUAAUAAACGGGGUUGAAUUAAAUUCAGUGAAGUGGCACGACAAUCGUGCUGUGACCUUAUUGAGCACUUUUGUAGGUGCACAUCCUCUUAUCGAUUGCGAAAGAUAUGAUAGAAAAAAAAAGGAUAAAAUAAUGAUAAAAUGUCCAAACAUUGUUAAAGUUUAUAAUAAAUCAAUGGGAGGUGUAGAUCUUAUGGAUUCUUUACUUUCAUUAUAUAGAAUUCAUACCAAAUCAAGAAAAUGGUACCAUCGAAUUUUAUUUCAUGUAUUCGACAUGUUACUUAUAAAUUCUUGGUUGCUAUACAAACGGGAUUAUAAUAGUAUAUCAAUAGCAGGCAAGGAUCGAUUAAGUUUGUACAAUUUCAAAAUUUCGGUGGCGGAAGUCCUUUGCAAAUAUGGCAAAUGCACUUCAAACAAUAUUCCAAAACGAAAAUCAGUUCAAACUGGUUAUCGGGAAAAAUGUAAAAAAGGACCAGCUCAAUAUUUACCACUUCAAGAGGUUAGGAAAGACCUCACGGCUCAUUGGCCAAAAUAUAAUGAUAAGAAGGGUAGAUGUAAAAUGCCAGGAUGCUUAUUUAUAACAAAAGUAUCUUGCAAAAAAUGUGGUGUAUAUUUAUGUUUUACGCCCACAAAUAAUUGUUUUAUAGAUUUUUAUGAAAAUUAA